AUGACCAGGGGUGCUUGGAUGUGUAGUCGGCAGUAUGAUGACGGCUUAAAAAUCUGGUUCGCACCCCGGGAGAACGAGAAACCCUUCACGGAUUCAGAGAGGGCUCAGAAAUGGCGACUGUCCCUGGCAUCGCUCUUGUUUUUCACGGUCCUGCUCUCUGAUCACUUGUGGUUCUGCGCCGAGGCCAAAUUCACGGGGACCGGAGAGAAGGAGCAGCCGCCGCCCGAGAAGCCGGAGCCCGCGGAGCCGGAGCUGCUGGCGGGCAUGGGGGAGCCGGCGCCCCCCGCGCCCCGGCUCCUCGCCCCCCCCUCGCCCUCCCUCCCGCCCUCCCCCGGCAGCAGCGGCGGAGGCAGCCGCGGCAGCCGCACCAACGGCACCGAGCCCCGGCACGGCGAGGCUGCUUUCCUGGGGAACUCCACCGCCAGGCCCCUGGAUACGUGCCCUCCCCCGGGCUCCUCGUCCGGGCAGUGCUUCAGCGUGGGCGACGCGGAGGCGGUGUGCCGGCGGCGAGGGGAGUCGGGGCGGCCGCGGGGCACGGGGCAGAGCCCGGCGCCCGGCUGGGACCUGACGGAUUUUUACCUUUCCUUUUGUAAUUCCUACACACUUUGGGAGUUGUUCGCCGGGUUGUCCAAUCCGGACACUUUGAACUGCAGUCUGGAUGUGGUGCUGAAGGGGGAAGGCUCCUGCAGCCAGUGCGUCCAGGCUUACCAGCGCUACGACCAGCACGCUCAGGAGAAAUACGAAGAGUUUGAGGUUAUGCUCCAGAAAUAUUUACAGUCGGAUGAGUACUCGGUGAAAUCGUGUCCUGAGGAUUGUAAGACUGUCUACAAAGCCUGGCUCUGUUCCCAGUAUUUUGAAGUCACACAGUUUCACUGCAGCAACAGAAUUCCUUGCAAGCAAUACUGUUUGGAGGUUCAAACGAGGUGUCCCUUUAUAUUACCAGACAAUGAUGAUGUCAUCUAUGGAGGACUAUCAAGUUUCAUCUGUACAGGGCUCUAUGAAAACUAUCCAACCAAUGCAGAACCAGAAUGCUGUGAUGUCAGAUGGGGACUAUUAUCAGAUCAUCAACCCAAAGGGACUAUAAAAACACGUGGCUCAACAAUGUGUCACAGGACAUCGCUCACAGUUUCAUCAGCAUCCAGACUGUGUAACAGCAGACUUAAACUGUGUGUUCUUGUAUUAAUUCUCUUACAUACAGUACUGACAGUCUCAGCAGCACAGAACUCAACAGGACUGGGCUUUGGAAGCAUAACAACUUUGGAAGAUAAUUCAACCAAUGAGGAAUAAAAGAAAGGAUUCAUCUUAUGUGAUAGAAACACAACAGGCCCAAACUACUACAGUCAAAAACAGCAAGGACUGAGUGCUUUACCCUCAGAUCUCUUCUUGAAUGACCUUUUGGGUAAAAUGAGAAGAAUGGGCCGCUACCCAAACAACAAAAAAGGACACACAAACACAGCUUUUUAUUGACUAAAAGGCUGUUUGGUGACUUAACUUUCUCACACCAUUUUAUACACUGUGUUUUAAUGUUUGGAGUUUCUUUUUUUUUUGUUUGUUUGUUUUUUGCACUUGUUAAUACAGGAUUUUAUUUUUGGGACAGUUUCUCAAAGCUAAAUUAAGUCUUUUCUCUGUCAAUAUAUUUCUAGUCAUUGUGUGUGUUCAUCUGAUAGUUCUGUCUUUUAUGUCCUGUCAGUUUCUAUUAGAGGAAUGACUGCUAUGAUUUCAUGACAUAGCAACAAAAAAAAAAAAAAAAAAAAAAAAAAAAAAAAAAAAAAAAAGGAAAAAAAUUUAAAAACAGAAAAAAGCCCACAAACCAAACCAAAAUAAAAAAGCCCACAAAAAAAACCCAACAAAAACCCACAAAAAGAACAAAAAACCAAAAUUUAACCAAAAAAAGAGAAAAUAUUAAGAAAAAUAAAAUUUAAAAAAAAGCAACCACAGGAACCCCAAACAAACCUUACUGUCCUCUUAUCCAUGGGAACCAUGCAUCUCCUUUCCCUUUCCCAUCUACCGUCACAGACAACAUACAUUUGCUUCUGUCUGUGUAAUCACAAUGAAUGGGUACACAAUUCCAGUGUGCCUCUGCCACUGUUGCACAAAACAGUUGACUGAGCAAACCCAAAAGGAGCAUGAAGGGGGUUCCUUUUAGCUGAACAAACAAGUGCUCUCCUUACAAGGUGGGAUCGGACAGUUAAAAAAACUAUAAAGAAAUAUAUAACAAACUGUUGCUCCAAUACCCGUUUUGAAGAAGUCCAGUCCUUUCUCACUGGUCAGUUGAACAGGAGCAGCCUUUUCUAGAUAUGCUAAGUAAAACCAGUUAUGCUCAGCAAGUUGAAUAGUUGGGAAGCCUUCAUAUUGGAGGUGAAGGACUGACAUUCAUUGUGAAUCACAUUUUGAGUUCUCCUGCUGUCACAUAACCAGCAGCUUUCCAUAACAAAUGGGAGCCAAGAACUUCCAAAAUUCAACUAUUUUUGUCACAAGAAAAUUACGCUAGAAGUCUUUUAACA